AUGUCUUUGAGCGAAGGUCUUGCACGUUUACGAGCAAUUCGAGGCGGUCAUCGGGUCGUUUUGACGAAAUAUUUGAACGAAUUAGAGGAACUACUCGCUACAGCCGAAAUAUCCGAAGAAUCUCUUAUGCGACUCGAAGUUUUAAAGCAACAAAUCGACGGAAAACAAAGGACAUUAAACGAACUCGAUGCGAAAAUAUUAAACGAGAUAAAAAUUGAAGACGUAGAAAAAGAAAUCGACGAAAGCGAAGCCAUUGACAUUAAAGUUACCGUAGCAAGGGAAAGAAUCGAACGAGCUAAGAAGCAACAUGCGACUCCACAGCAUACAAAUAUUGUCGAAAAUAGUCAAAAUACGAAUGAUCAUGGUGCGGUUGCUAUGGUGACGUCGAGCUCAAAUUUCACGAGAUUACCGAAAUUACAAUUGCCACAUUUUAAGGGUGACGUGACAAAAUGGAACUCAUUCUGGGAUGGUUUCGAUUCAGCAAUUCACUCGAACGGAGCUCUCAACAAAAUAGAUAAGUACAAUUAUUUAAAUUCAUUAUUGGAGGGCCCAGCUGCUAGGGCUGUACAAGGCCUUACACUCACAGAAGCAAAUUAUGAUUCAGCCAUAGAGUUGUUGAAAUCGAGAUUUGGGAAACCACAACAGGUGAUAAGUGCACACAUGGACGAACUUCUGCACCUUCCCAACUGUAAUCCUGACAAAUCGUCAUCACUUCGGUUUGUCUAUGACAAAGUUAGCAUACAUGUGCGUGGGUUGGAGUCGUUAGGCGUGUCAUCAAAGGAGUAUGGUAGUUUGUUGAUACCGAUUGUAAUGACAAAACUUCCCAAUGAUUUACGAAUGAGGAUAGCCAGGGAGACAUCAGGGGAUGUUUGGAAAAUUGAUGAAAUUUUAGAAAUUUUGCGAAAGGAAAUCGAAGCCAGAGAGGCUAGUGAGCGUUUUAAAGUAGCUGAGCGCCAAAAACACUAUGAACCCUCCCCUCGAAAGCCUUUACCAACCAUAGGCAGCACCUUAUUAAGUCAAGAAGAAGUUCAAUUCAAAAUUCGCUGUGUUUAUUGCAAUACCCCUCAUUACUCGGCUUCGUGUCCCACUGUGACAGAUCUGACCAAACGAAGAGAAAUAUUAGUUAAUGCCAAACGCUGUUUCAAAUGUCUAAGGCAAGGGCAUGAAGUAAGAGACUGUCGAAAUCCAAAACUCUGUCGUAACUGUGGGGGGCGUCACCAUCAGUCCAUAUGUAGUAAGGGUUUCCUACCGCGAAACCUUCCAGAGAAGAAUGAGCCAAAUAAGAAUGAGCCAAAUAAGGAUGAGCAGAAUAAGGAUAAGGGUGCAGGUAACGUGGGGAGCAAGGACUCUACACUGACUGUGGGUAAUCUAGUAACUAGCAAAAGGCAUGUUUUACUUCAAACUGCUCGUGCAGUGGCAACUAAUGAAGAUGGUUCAAAAACUUGUCCAGUACGUAUUCUCUUCGAUAGUGGUAGCCAGCGGUCAUAUCUCACUGAUGAUUUAAAACGAAAAUUGAAUCUGAAUCCAAUCAAAACUGAGACGUUGUAUUUAAAUACAUUUGGCGAUUCCAAACACGAAAGAAAAUCCUGCCAGUUGUUUAAUCUGAACUUACGUGAUCGUGAUAAUGAGAUAACCCCGAUUUGGGCCCUCAAUUUCCCUGUUAUUUGUUCACCCUUACCAUCUACGGUGGACAUUUUUGAUUAUCAGCAUAUUCGUGGUCUAGAUUUAGCCGAUAGUAGUGAGAUCCAAGACGACCAUCAUAGUGACACUGUUGAUGUCCUGAUAGGGUCGGAUCACUAUUGGAGCUUUAUGUAUGGUGAAACUAUCCGUGGUGAUUCAGGGCCUGUCGCAGUGAGCAGUAAAUUUGGUUGGGUUUUAUCUGGGCAGACUGAGUUAACCAAUGAACGGGGUGUGAGACGAAAGGAGUCAUCAGCAAAUUUAGUCAUUUCUUCCUGUACCGAAGAUUUCCUCAAUGACAACGUGCCGCAAAAUGAUCAACUUGUAGACUGUUUGAAACGGUUUUGGGAAACUGAGGCAAUCGGAAUUGCGGACAGUGAUGAUCUUAAGACUAACCCUGUCCCUAACAAUUUUAUCGAAGAUAUUGCGUUUGAUGGUCAAAAUUAUGAAGUAGGUUUGCCAUGGAAGGACAGUUCUUUUCCUGUCUCUAAUGGCUACGACACAUGUUCAAAACGCCUCCAAUCUCUACAUCGAAAACUACAAGCAGAUCCUGUCCUCCUGAAUGAGUAUAACAAGAUUAUUUGUGACCAACUCGAAGCGGGCAUUAUCGAAAGGGUACCUGAAACAAGCGACUCAAGCAACGAAGAAACACGCAUCAAUUUCUUACCCCAUCACCCAGUUAUCCGAAGGGAUAAAGAUACCACCAAAGUUCGUGUAGUCUACGAUGGCUCGGCAAAGGGCUCGAAUGAUGAAAGAUCGCUUAAUGAUUGUCUUCAAACCGGACCGAACUUUACACCACAUGUGUUCGAUAUUUUAGUUAAAUUUCGUUGGAACGCUAUUGGCAUCACUGCAGAUAUCGAGAAGGCGUUUUUGAUGAUAGCGAUUAAGGAAGUCGAUAGAGAUGCACUUCGUUUUUUAUGGUUUGAUGAUCCCAAUGAAUGUCAUCCCAAUUUAACUAUGUUUCGUUUCCGACGAUUAGUAUUUGGUCUUCGACCCUCGCCAUCUAUACUUGGUUUCACUAUUAAGCAUCACCUUGCAAAAUAUUCCCAGUCCGAAACAAAGUUGGUCGAAGUAUUAGAAAAUUCAUUUUACGUGGACGAUCUUAUCACUGGUGAAGAUAGCGUCGAAGAAUCAUUCCAAAUUUACAAGGGGUCAAAACAAAUUAUGGCCACGGGGGGUUUCAAUCUUCGAAAGUGGCAUUCGAAUUCAGACGAACUUCUCGCAAAAAUUGAGUCCAACGAACUUGGUAGUGAGAAACCACCCGACCGUAGCCUUAUGCAAUCUAAUUGCCAAACCUUCGAAGAGGACGAGUCUUACGCUAAGUCGACGACCGGACACAAUACGAUCGAUACAGCUGAUAAUACUGUAAAGGUGUUAGGUGCCAACUGGAAUACAAAGUCGGAUGAAAUAUUCUUCAAUUUCGAAAGGUGGAAGGAAGAAGCAACGUCACUCCCAAUGACUAAACGAUCUUUACUUGUGCUCACAGCGAAGAUAUUUGAUCCCCUUGGAUAUCUUGCGCCUUUGACAAUACUGAUGAAG